AGAAGAAGCUAAGCCAGUGCCUUCUGUCAUAUCUCAAGAGUUUCAGAAGGAUUUGAAGCCACAGAGGAAGGUGAAUGUACUAUGCCUGUGAGCUACGCAAUAUGUACAAAGUAAUAUUUUCUUACUAGUAUCAAGAUAGAACUUCUUGCUACGCUCCUAUUUUGAUGGUGAUGCCGUUCUAAAAGAAAUCCUAACAACAGUCCAGCAAAGAUGGGUGAGGUAAAUAAAGAUGCCGUUGAAAAAUACUUGGAGAACAACCCCCAGUUUGCCAAGGAGUAUUUUGACCGAAAAAUGAGGGCAGAAGUGCUGGGAAGUAUCUUUAAUGUGAACCCUGGAGAUGUGAAGGAAGGAGUCAGCUUCAAAGACAUGUCCCGUCUGGAGGAAAGUAACAUACUUUUUGAACUGAUCACAGAAAUCCAGGAUGAAGCAGGCACUAUGGAAAAGAUAGUGCACAAGGCCCUGCAGAGGCUGUCACAGCUGCUGGCAGCUGAUCGGUGUAGUAUGUUUGUUUGUCGUUCCCGAAAUGGUAUUCCAGAGGUAGCCACCAGGCUUCUGGAUGUCACUCCAACUUCCAGCUAUGAGGAAAAUUUGGUGAAACCGGACAAUGAGACUGUUUUUCCUCUGGACAUUGGGAUAGCGGGCUGGGUUGCUCAUAGCAAGAAGUUUUUUAAUAUACCUGAUGUGAAAAAGAACAACCAUUUUUCUGAUUUCAUGGACAAAAAAACUGGCUAUACAACAGUCAGUAUGUUGGCAGUCCCAAUUAUGCAGGGCAAAGAGGUGCUUGCUGUUGUGAUGGCACUCAACAAAUCAAACGCGCCUGAGUUCUCAAAAGAGGAUGAAGAGGUCUUUAAAAAAUACCUCAAUUUUAUAUCUUUGGUCCUAAGAAACCAUCAUACGUCGUAUCUCUACAAUAUUGAAUCCCGAAAAAGUCAGAUGCUUUUGUGGUCUGCUAACAAAGUGUUUGAAGAGCUAACAGAUAUAGAACGACAGUUUCACAAAGCACUGUAUACUAUUCGAAUGUAUUUGAAUUGUGAAAGGUACUCUGUUGGCCUGCUGGAUAUGACUAAAGAGAAGGAGUUCUAUGAUGAGUGGCCAAUCCGGCUGGGGGAGGCAGAGCCUUACAAAGGCCCCAAGACACCUGAUGGACGGGAAGUCAACUUCUAUAAAAUUAUUGACUAUAUUUUACAUGGAAAAGAAGAGAUCAAAGUAAUUCCGUCACCUCCACCAGAUCACUGGUGUCUUGUCAGUGGAUUGCCAACAUAUGUUGCUGAAAAUGGAUUUAUUUGUAACAUGAUGAAUGCACCAGCAGAUGAGUAUUUCACAUUUCAGAAAGGACCAGUGGAUGAAACUGGAUGGGUUAUCAAAAAUGUUCUGUCAUUGCCUAUUGUCAACAAAAAAGAAGAAAUUGUGGGAGUUGCAACAUUUUACAAUAGGAAAGAUGGAAAACCUUUUGACGAGUAUGAUGAACAGAUCACUGAAACUCUCACACAGUUCCUGGGAUGGUCAGUUUUAAACACUGACACUUACGACAAAAUGAACAAGCUUGAAAACAGGAAAGACAUUGCUCAGGAAAUGCUUAUGUACCAGACAAAGGCCACCCCUGCUGAAGUUGAAUCUAUACUGAAAUACAAGGAGAAAUUAAAUGUAAAUAGCAUAGAAGAAUGUGAUCAAAAGGAUCUUAUCAGGAUUUUGAAAGAAGAAUUACCUGAUCCAAAAGAUUUAGAACUGUAUGAAUUCCGCUUCAGUGACUUUCCUGUUACAGAACAUGGCCUGAUAACUUGUGGAAUACGACUGUUCUUUGAGAUAAAUGUUGUUGAAAAGUUCAAAGUCCCAGCUGAGGUCCUUACAAGAUGGAUGUACACAGUUAGGAAGGGUUAUCGAGAUAUCACUUACCAUAACUGGCGACAUGGGUUCAACGUGGGACAAACAAUGUUUACGUUGCUGAUGACAGGCAAAAUAAAGAAGUACUACACUGAUCUAGAAGCCUUUGCCAUGGUGGCUGCUGCUUUCUGCCAUGACAUUGAUCACAGAGGGACCAAUAACUUGUAUCAAAUGAAGUCAGCUGCUCCGCUGGCAAAACUUCAUGGUUCCUCCAUUUUAGAAAGGCAUCACCUAGAGUACAGUAAAACCCUACUGCAAGAUGAGAGUUUAAACAUCUUCCAGAACCUAAAUAAGCGACAGUUUGAAACCGUUCUACACUUAUUUGAAGUUGCAAUAAUAGCAACUGAUUUGGCUUUGUAUUUCAAGAAAAGAACUAUGUUUCAGAAGAUUGUGGAUGCAAUUGAAAAAAUGGAAUCAGAAGAGGAGGCAAUUAAAUACAUAUCUAUUGACCCAACCAAAAAAGAAGUCAUCAUGGCUAUGAUGAUGACUGGAUGUGACCUGUCUGCAAUAACCAAGCCUUGGGAAGUGCAAAGUAAGGUUGCCCUCAUGGUUGCAAAUGAAUUCUGGGAGCAAGGUGACCUGGAACGAACUGUGCUACAGCAACAACCAAUUCCUAUGAUGGACAGAAACAAAGGAGAUGAACUACCUAAGCUCCAAGUUGGUUUCAUAGAUUUUGUGUGUACAUUUGUGUAUAAGGAAUUCUCAAGGUUUCACAAGGAAAUUACACCUAUGUUUGAUGGUCUUCAAAACAAUAGGGUUGAAUGGAAAACACGAGCUGAUGAAUAUGAAGAGAAGAUGAAAGUUAUUGAAGAGCAAAAGAAAAAGGAAGAAGAAGAAGCUGCCAAAAAAGCUGAAAAUGCAGCAGGAGGUGGUGGCGGAAGCACGGAGGAUGGAAAAUCCAAAACAUGUAUAGUUUUGUAAUUCUUUGUCUCAGACACUGUUUCUGAUACAGAAAAGACACCUAGAAAGAACUUCAAGAAGCCUCAAUGGAUUUCAGCUUUGCCUAGAAUAGUGUAGAUCAAAUCCUUUAACAAUCCUCUUAAAUGCCUGCCAUUUGUUGGAAAUAAUUUUUGAUGGAGUAAACAGUUUCAAUUAAAAACUGGAAAA